CGCUCUUUAUACACGCUUCCAAAAUAUUGAUUUACGAAAAACAUUUCGGCGUCCCCAUUGCGCAUGCUCGCACAAAAGGGUACCAGAGGGCUGUGAAUCUCAAAUCUACUUAGCUUUUAUAUUUCAUGUAAAUAGUAGCCAAAUGAUAGACCCAAUUUUUACAAAAACAACGAAAAUCCUUAGACACGUUCGUUAAGUAGAGAUCAUAAGUUAGUAAAUAGUGUCACAGAAAUGGGUAAUAUUCAGGGAAACGAAAAACAAAGUAAGACGGGCAAGUCACCAGCAAAAGGGCGGAAUUUUUUGAAAAACAGAAAAUCACCGGGUAGGGACAGCAAGAAACAUGGAAGGAAAAAGAGCGGCGGGAAGCGAGGGGCCGCCGAUACGUUCGAUAAAACGCCCGAUUCCGAUAAUAUUGAAGUGGAAGCGUCAGAUAACGACACGCUCGAGUGCGCGUCGAAAACGGGAGGGAGCGCGGAGUCGGCGAGUCAGUCGGAGGUAACGGUGUCCAGGUGCGAGGAGCGGUCAGCGACCCGCGCGCGCUCGCCCUCCACGCCCGACUCAGUGCUCACGGACCCGCUGGCGCCGCUCGCCGCCGUCGAACUCAACCAGUGCUACUACUCGGCAGAGAGCAGCGCGCACGACGACGCGCACACGCUCACUCCCAUGCCGCACGACGACGCGACCUCCUUGCUCGACUUAGACAAAGAAGAAAAAUCUGACGUGUUCGAUGACAGUGACAAGAGUGACAAUGUUAUGGGGUUGUCCGGCAGCCGCGGGGAGCGGCUGGAGCGGCUCACGCAUGAGUGCGGGCACGAGUUCCGCGAGUUCCGGCUGAAGGCGGCGCCGGCGCAGUCAUCGUUCACGGUGUCUCGGCACCGGAAGGUGGAACUGCAGCCCGCGCCUGCUGUGCCCGACGCCGAGCCCGACCCCGCGCUGGCCGUGCUCGAUAAUGAAGAGCGCCGAGCAGCCAGCGUGAGCGACGCGCUACCGGAGUCCAACGUGCUUCGGAAGGUCGCCUCGCUCACGCUAGACAAGCAUUCCGAGCCGCGCGUGCAGCGCCCCAACUUCGUGCCUGAGAAGCUCAAUUUCCAGCUCUAUGAGAAGUUUGAAGGGCUUAUGCUCCUCAACUGGUUCAUAUCAUCAGUCGCGGAGAACAGUUACUUGAAAAACCUCCUCACCGCACAAGAUUUGAAGAACCUUGGAAUUCAAUACUGCACGCACCUGCUGGCCGCGGGGGUGCUCCGACAGAUACCAGAUAAGGAUGCGCCCACGGAAAAUAUUUUUAAGCCUAAUUUAAUGUACUACUGGGCCCACAUGGAAGCCCCCGUCUCUCAGCCGAUCACCCCUGGCCGACUGCACGUCUCCUGGCCAGACAAAGAUGUCUACAGCAUCACCCAAGAUCACAUCACAAACCUGCGCAAUGAAAAUCACAGAUUCAGCAAUCAAAAUAACAACGAAGAAGUAGCUGAUAUCAGUGAAGCGAGAGCGAUCAUAGCGCAGCUCAGAAAUAGACUAAUAGAUUUAGAAUUACAAAUUGAGAAAUUAAAGUUAAGCGCUCAAAUUGAAACAAUCAACAAAAAUUUGGAGAAAUGUUUCGAGUUUCCGGAUAAACUAAGCAAAUCAGUGGACAAAGAGAUACAAACUUCCAUCGAAAUGCUUCCCGAACCUGUGAUAUCUUUACCCGCUAAUCAGUGUGUAAGAACAAGAGAUUUAGAUGUAAGUACUGUAGCUUGUAAUACUGAACCUAUUAACAAUAUUCAAAGUGAAGGAAGAUCUGAUAGUAUAGAAAAUUAUUGUAAGCUAAAUAAAAUACGAGAUUAUGAAGCACAUAAAGAACCUGACAACGAAAGACUGGAUAAAAUUGAAGAAAAAGAUAUUAAAGAGACCCCUGAAAAUGCUUUGACAGACUCCCUACACAGUAUAGGAAGCUCUGAAGCUUCAUUCUUUAGUAUUAAUAAUGCCGAUAUAAUUGCUAGUACACACGAAUGUUCCUCCGAUAUAUUUAGGAAAGACAGUGAAUCAAAGGCUGCAAUAAACAUUCCAAUUACAGCAGUAUUAUAUAGAAAUAAUGAUAUUCAAGUUUAUACAAUGGCAUCAAUGGAAACUAGCAAGUCCUUAUCAGAAAACACGUGCAUACCAUCUGACAGUGUAACUACGAAACUACAAACUGACGAAAAACCUGAGCAACCAUCAGAACCGAGUAGCCUAAAGGCAGUGCCACCCGCACCCCCUCUACCAGAGUCUUUGGAGCCUACGACAGACCCACCACCCCUUACAUCUCCUGGCGAAACUCAAAAAACCUCGCCUGUAUCACAACCUUCAAAACCAACUUCUCCUACAAUGGAUCUUUCCACCUCUAAAGAACCAAUAGCUCAGACUAGUACAAGCACUCCUCCAAGUAUUCCUUCACCCGGGUUGGGUCCACCGCCUCUACCAAUGCCUGAUUUGGGGCCGCCUCCACCCCCAAUGCCUGGUAUAGGACCACCGCCUCCACCGAUGCCCGGUAUGGGUCCCCCACCCCCACCAAUGCCCGAUAUGUGGCCCCCACCCCCACCAAUGCCCGAUAUGUGCCCCCCACCCCCACCAAUGCCCGAUAUGUGCCCCCCACCCCCACCAAUGCCCGAUAUGUGGCCCCCACCCCCACCAAUGCCUGGCAUGGGUCCCCCACCACCUCCAAUGCCCGAUAUCGGGCCGCCACUGCCCCCAAUGCCUGGAAUGGGGCCUCCGCCCCCACCGAUGCCUGGUAUGGGGCCGCCACCCCCACCGAUGCCUGGAAUGGGGCCUCCACCCCCUCCAAUGCCCGGAAUGGGGCCUCCACCCCCACCGAUGCCCGGCAUGGGGCCGCCACCGCCGGCGCCCGCGCCUCCCGGCCCGGGUGCGCCGCCGCCGCCCCCGAGCUUGGGGCCUACGCCGUUCCCUGCUCCGCCUGUAGGGGGCUGGACUAUGCAAAGAGCGACCUUAAGAAAAAUCCCCGUAAAGCCCGCAGCACCAAUGAAGCCACUAUAUUGGACCCGCAUCCUCGCCUCUCCCGCGCCCCAAGCCUCAGGCGAAGCCCCCCAGGCCGCUCUAAAACCCCUCUGGCUCGAAAUAGAUGAAACCAACUUAGACAACAUAGAUGAAUUCACAGAUCUAUUCUCAAGACAAGUCAUCAAAGCGCCUGUGAAGAAAAAAGUUCAAGUGAAAACGAAAAUUCAGCCGGUUAAGAUAUUAGAGAGCAAACGGUCGCAGAAUGUGGGGAUUUUAGCGCAGAGUUUGCAUGUAGAGUUCUCGGAGAUAGAGAAUGCCAUAUAUAAUUUUGAUACGUCCGUUGUGAGUUUGGAGGCGUUACAGCAGAUCUAUGAAAUGAGAGCGACUGACGAAGAGCUAUCCCAGAUUAAGCAGCACCUGCAAACGAAGCCAGAUGUGCCACUGGACAAGCCCGAGGCGUUCCUCCACGACCUCAGCGGCAUACCGAACUUCGCGGAGAGGAUAUCCUGUUUCAUGUUUCAAGCGGAGUUUGAGGAUGCAGUCACCACGACCAUGCAUAAGCUGGAUAACUUGAAGCAUACUUGUGAGUUCUUAAUGACAAGCGAGGCGUUAAAGCGGGUGUUCGCGAUCAUCCUAACGUUAGGCAACUACAUGAAUGGCGGCAACGGGCAGCGAGGCCAGGCUGACGGAUUCGGUCUCGAGAUACUCUCUAAACUCAAGGACGUCAAGUCGAAGCGCUCAACAGUGACUUUGCUCCACUUCAUCGUGCGCACAUACAUGCGCUUGGCCGGCGUCGGCACCGCCCUGCCCGUGCCCGAGCCGGGCGACGUGGCCCGAGCGGCCGCUAUAGACUUCGCCGACGUCGCCAAGUCCCUGGCUGAACUCACGCAACAAUUAGCCGCAUGCAAAGAGAAAACCAAGAAGGUUCUAGAAAAAACCGACGCACAACGGAGUCCCGAAGAGAGCGAGUCAAAACGCAUAGAUGUUUUCGAGGAAAAGAUGGGCACUUUCCUCACCGCCGCCGAGGAAAAGUUGAAAGCCGAACAUGAGAAUCUUGAAGAGUGUCGAAGCAAAUUCUUUGCCACUGUCAGGUUUUAUCAGUAUACCCCCAAAGUUGGCAAGUUCGAAGAUUGUGAACCGAAGGAGUUUUUUUCGCUGUGGACGAGCUUUUGCAGCGAUUUUAAGGAUAUCUAUAAGAAGGAGGAGCAAAUUGCUAUUAAAGAGAAAUUAAAAGAAGCCAAAAAGCAUCAAGAAGAACGCAAAGCUCAAGCUAUCGUCCAACCGAAGAAAGAAGGCGGGUUGAAAGCACGCCUACAGAAGCUCUCUGGCACUAGGAAGUAAACCAAUUGACAGUUGUGGCAUUUAUUACGUUACGUCGCUACGCGUCACUUUCGUUUGACAUAUAUUGGAAAGAGAUGUUGGUAGCUUAACCCAGUAGUCGGACCAAGAUAACUCUGCAUGGAAUUAGCAAUGACAAAGAGUGGCAAAGUCAUCAGUAAUGUCAAUUUUUAUGAAAAUAAGACGUUUAAAAUGUCACUCCCUCACUUGUUUUUGUUCUAUUAAAAACGGUGCAAAGUUCGACGGUCUCGGCCGACGGACGGUAUGGGAUAUACAAAAGUUUGCCAUUCUUGCCUAUAUUUAUUAAAUACGAGAUUUACUUAGCUCCACGCAUAUAAGGGCUGUGAAAAGAAUCAUUAUGCAGUAUGAAAAACAGCAAUCUCACUUUUUACCAGUUAUCAACCGCCGUUUUCUAUACGAUUAAACCAAUAAUUGUGUCAUUUUCAGUUUUUUCAUUUAUUGUUAAAAAGUAGUGUAAACGUAUAAUAAUUAUACAUUCCUUGAAGUGUACAUUGUGAAGUAAAAUAAAUAAUGUAUUGUGAAUUGUUUUCAUAUUGUAAACAAGUUGUAAACUAUGGGGUGUUGCGAAGCAUUAUGUAAAAUAGUGAAAGUCUUAUGACUUAUGUAAAUAUAAACAAAGCGCAAAUAUAUAUUACAAAUUAAGGUAUACAAAUAUGACUGCAUUAUUAUAAUUCCAUACUGUUUGUAUGCUAACUAAGUAAUGUUGAGAUUUCAAAUUCUUGUUAUUCUGAUUUGAUGUACUUCAUUGAAAACCAGCAGAAUAAGAUGGUAAAGCUUUUAUCAUCUAUUGUGUCCUUUGUCUGUUUAGUAUAGGUAUCGCCAAGAGAGAUGAGGUGAAUGAUUUGAUUACAUACACACACAAAGCUACACAGAGUACUAAUCGCAAAUGAUUUUGUUGUUGUAUGUGUGACUUUCUCCUGGCGAUACCUAUACUUGUUCGAUGUCAAAAAUGACAAAUGAUAAAAGUGAAACCAUAAUAAUUAUCCAUACAGAUGUAAGUACUGCAUAAUUAUUUUCCAUCGUAUUUUCACGGAAACGUACGAACGUGUCUUGCUAUUUCAGUCAGCCUCAGUACAAAAAGUACUGAGGUUGUCUAAAGUAGCAUGCCAAAUACGAACGUUUCCGAGAAAAUACAAUGAAAAACAAUUAUGCACUACAUCUGCACAAGGGGUUUGUAUUAAAAACGUUUGUCAGGAACAAUUUUAAGGAGACAGACCCUUAUAAAAUAUUCCAUCGUUUAUGAGAUUAUCCAUUUAUUUAUCUGGUCUUAUAUUUAUUUUUUUACAAGCAACUUUUUACUUGUAUAAAAUAAUUUCCUUAAUGAUACUUGCAUUAUUGAUUGAUUACUGAAGAAUGUGGAAACUUUUUAUAUAGCAUUGUCAAACUAUCAUAAUAUAUUCAAAGUAAUAUGAAGACAUUUCAUAUUAAGUAAUCUAAAUCUUAAACUGAAUUAUCAUACUUUAAUAUUGGAAGCUAUUUAUGGCCUCUAAAGUAAUAAAGUAAAAACUACCAUUUCAUAUUGACAUUGGCCAUAAUUUCAUACAUAGCUUAAUUACAAUUAGCAAGGAUUUUGUAAUAUUGUAUUUGUUUUAUAUUGUACCUGAAUAUAUCUUUGAUUGUGUUAAACAUCUAUAUUUUUUCAAAGUGAUUAAAUUGGUGCUGUUAUGAUUAAACUGUAAAUAAUUUGUGUUAGUAAAUAAUAAAAGAAAAAAUGGAAAAUACAUUUAUUAACUAUAA